UGUGGCCCUCAGCGCGCUAUGAAAAGCGCCCGCCCGUCUGGCCCGCUCUUCCCACCUUCCUCUACCCCUCCCGUGAAAGUCACGUUUAUCUACCCGAUCGUCAAGGCGGUCUACGUUGCGCCUGCGCCUACACCCGCAACUCGCGCUAUUAAGCCGACGAUCGAAACUGCUCUUUACUCGCGUAAAGAGCGCAUCUCUGCUGCUAGACACACCUCGGUGUCUACGAAUGCGCAGACCAGAGAUUUCUCUACGAAGCCUGAGGCCGCGCACCUCGGCCAGAGCCUCUGCGACCACCAGAAGCUCGAAAACUCCCCGCUCGUCCGAUUCGAGAACAAACAGGCUCGCCAGUUCUCACUUCCCUUGUCGCAAGCCGUUUUCUUGCGUCCUGAAAUCAGGAACUUCUCGACUCGCACUUUCUCAACGAGAAAGCUCUCUGCCGCUCUUGAGAUCCAUUUGAGCAACAAAGCCGGAGUUGCUGCUAAUGAAUCUUCUCAAGCCGCUGCAUUGACGCUCAAGGCUAGUCCGAAGAAGGACUCUGAGUCCGACGAGAACGACAAGUCAGUCGAUGAGGUUCUCGGACUGUUCAACGACGCGUUUCGAUCAUUUUCUGUUGCUUCUGUCAAAGAUACCACUACUGUUUCUGCUGAUUCGGAUAUCACGUCGAACUGUUCUGCUACGGAGUCUAGCACUACUGUGACUUGCGCGUCUACCGACGGCUCUCACACGAAUACAUCUGUCACGUUGCAGCAGGACUGUUCCGCAUGGAAGCCUGCUCCGAUUGACAGUUCUUUUGGUGCAUACAACACCAAAACGGGCCUCCCUCCGACGAUGGAGGAGUCUCCCUACUCGUCUACCGAUGACGAUACGUUUGAGUUCUCGAUUACGCCUGCCGUGCCUCAGGCCGGGCGCGAGCUUACCUCGAGAUUCUAUGCCAACGACGAGACUUUUAAUACCACACUUGCUGUUCCUGCUGAUCAAGAUGCUUAUGAAUACCUUUCUGGUCUCUGGAAGUACUCUGGUCCUCGCACCAGUCUCUUGCAAGACGACCACAAUACCCCAGCAAGCGAGACGAUCAACGAAGGCGAAGAAAUAUGGGAAGACAUUGAUUUGGGUGACGACGGCCCCUCUACUUCUGACAGCGUGCAUGUGAGCACCACGCAGGAGUUUCUUGAUGCUGUCGAUAAUUUUAAGCGCGAGGUAUGGACACCUGCUGCGCGGGGAUGGAGAAGUAUGGUGAAUUCGGCGGCGCGAAAAUUUGACGUCGAGUGGAUCAGAGGUGGAACUUCCACUUGAAACUUGUAUUGUUUUGGUUUCCUUUUUCUUUUGCUCUAUAUGUUUGGGUCUCUUUACUUUUUUUCUUUUUUAUAUCGGAACUUGCCUGCUAGGGCAUCUAUUUUUAUUGUUAAAACGUUUUGGAAACGUGUAUAGGCUGGAGUACCAGCUUCUUGGGUUUGUCUUUGGAGUAGCAAUGAGUAAAUAACAGACUAAUUUUAAACUGCCU